AUGGAUGAGGUUAAGAUGAGGAGGAUGUACUUGGUUGUGGAUGGGAAGUGGGUUGGUAGUAACAUUGGGCUCUUGGAAUGGAGCUAUCGUCUAGUAGUCGAUGAGAUUCUGAAUCUCAUGACGAAGGCGGUAGCAACGAUCAGUGCCAUGACUGCGCUGUUGAUGCUCUCUCCUGUUCAUGCCCAUUUGAAGCUAGCUCUCAUGUCUCUCUCUCUCUCUCUCUCAAAGAUGGCUGACCGGAAGCCUCAGAACAAUGGCUUUUCCGGCCAAACCCAAACACAUAUUCCAGCUUUAGAUCCACCGCAGAAACCAAAACGAAACAAGUAUGCUUUUGCCUGUGCCAUUUUAGCUUCCACGACUUCCAUCUUACUCGGUUAUGAUGGUGGGGUGAUGAGUGGCGCAGGACUCUUCAUCAAGGACGACCUCAAAAUCUCCGACGUUCAGCUGGAAGUACUAAUGGGCAUCAUGAGCCUCUACUCUUCCUCGGAUGCUACGCCGCCGGCAGAACCUCCGAUUGGGUGGGCCGUCGGUACACCAUCGUCAUUCACACGUGAUUCUCCAAAACAAAAUUUUUACGUAGCCAAGUUUGGUAUUGGUAGUUGUCUUGGUAGACUUUUAUGCGUUUUUAUAUUAUAUGAGAUAUUAAUGGGUUGA